UGAUUCUUUCGGUCAGUACUGAUACGAUCAUCGUCGUCGUUCGAAUAUCUUGAGUCGAAGAGUCGCUCUCGAGGAGACGAUAAAAAUAAUAAAAAAAAAAAAAAGAGGGAUUAAAGUUCGGGUGUACCUUCGAGGUCGGAUAUAUAAAUUUGGUGAAGUUUUCCGUAGCCGAACGGUGCGAGACUGCAAGUGUCAAGAGACGAACAGAAGAUGCUGAAAUACGCCGUAGUUUUCGCCCUAGUAGCGACCAGCGCCCUUGCGGCACCAGCUCAGGAGCAACAGCAGCCCUCCCUUAUCGAGCAGGCAUACAAUAUAUAUAGCUCCUGUACAGCCGAACAGGAUAUUGCUGUAUGUUUGAAGCUUAAGGCGCUCGGAUUCGUCGACAGAGCUGCCAGAUCGGCCGAGAUCGAUGUUAUUGAUGGAUUCAAAAUUGUACAGAACGAGGAGUCAAAGAGCAACAGCCGCGCAGACAAUGCAAGGUCGCUGAAUGACAUUGAGGCGUCUCUGCCCAGUGAAACUGAAGCUAGAGAAGCUGCGGUGGAUGAAGCUCUCCUCGACAGAACCGCCAAGUUCCUGUCAACUCACACGGUUGAGCUCAGCGUGCCCGAGGAAGUCUCCCGCUCCUUCGAUGAAGCUCGUGGCAAGAAGAAGAAGAUCGUCAAGUCUCUUUUACCUAUUCUGCUGCUCUUGAAAUUGAAAGCCGCGGCACUUAUUCCAAUUGCGCUCGGUGGUCUAGCUCUCCUUGCCUUCAAGGCCCUCGUCAUUGGUAAAAUUGCUCUUAUUAUCAGCGCCGUAAUUGCUCUGCAGAAGCUCCUUGGUAAUAAGCACCAGAGUUAUGAGGUUGUCGCCCACGAGGUUCCCCACCACCACGAGGAACAUCAUGGUGGUGGAUGGGCACGAUCACUUGAGCUUGCCUACAAUGCCCACAAGCCUACUACCAAUUAAAAAGAAAUUGAUCAUCACUGUCCUGCAGAAUGUACCUAAUUCUACCUUUUACACCUUUAUCUCGUAUUUCGUUCGGGGCGUUCAUUGAGGUUCUGUGCAAUAACGUGUGAUCAGGCCAGGUUUCAGACAAACUCAAAAUUUGAAAUUCUCAUUGACACUCACUCGACAAUUGACAGGAAAAUUUAUAAGACAUUGACCGAUGAUACGGACUGGAAAAACGUCGACAACAACGACAGCAAUAAUUAGAGAUAGAAAAAUAAUUUAAAUGAUGAUGACGACGAUAAAGCUUUGACAAUAACGUUGAUUUGCCACGGAACUGAUACUUUUAAUUCUAGAUGACUUUUUUCUAGGAUUGAUAUGACAGAUAUAUUGUUAUUAUUUUUCAAGACAUGACAAUUUUCGUCAUUUU